CGGGGGGGAAGCGGCGACGCGACGCGACGCGACACGACGGGACGCGACGUGACACGACGCCACGCGCCGCGCCGCGCUGCCCGGUAACACGGCAAGAAGGAGGACGAGCGCAGGCCCGCGAGAAGAGGAGGCGGUUGCUGUUGCUGCUGCUGCUGCUGCUGCCGCUGGUAAACAUGUUACGUUCGCGCAGCGGCGGCAGCGAGAGGAGAACGUACGUCGUGCGCCAACCGAGACCACGGACCGCCGUCGCUGCCAAAUAAGUCCGCGCGCGCGGCGCGAACAUGGCCUCGUCUACGAGGAGGUCCUGGAAGCUCCAGGAAUUCGUCGCUCACACGCCGAAUGCCAAUUGCCUGGCGUUGGGCCACAAGUCGGGUCGUGUUCUGGUCACAGGCGGUGACGACAAAAAGGUGAACCUAUGGGCCGUCGGGAAGCAGAAUUGUAUUAUGAGCCUGAGCGGCCACACCACUCCGAUAGAAUGCGUGCGCUUCGGCCAAACGGAAGACCUCGUGUGCGCCGGCUCACAGACGGGCGCGCUCAAGAUCUGGGACCUGGAGCACGCCAAGCUGGCGCGGACGCUGACGGGACACAAGUCCGGGAUACGUUGCAUGGACUUCCAUCCUUACGGGGAGCUGCUCGCGUCUGGCAGUCUGGACACGGCGAUUAAAUUGUGGGAUAUCCGUAGGAAGGGCUGCAUUUUUACGUACAAGGGCCACAACAGGACUGUCAACAGUUUGAAGUUCAGCCCCGACGGGCAGUGGAUCGCCAGCGCCGGGGAGGAAGGAAUGGUCAAGCUGUGGGACCUAAAGGCCGGUAGACAACUAAGGGAAUUUUCAGAACACAGAGGGCCGGCUACGACUGUCGAGUUCCAUCCGCACGAAUUCCUAUUAGCCAGUGGUAGCGCCGACAGAACGGUCCACUUCUGGGACUUGGAGUCGUUUCAGCUCGUAUCUUCCACGGAACAGAGUCAUUCUUCGGCCAUCCGGUGCCUGUACUUUAGUCAAGGCGGAGAAUGCCUGUUCGCCGGUAGCCACGACGUCUUAAAGGUUUACGGCUGGGAGCCGGGUAGAACCCUGGAUACGAUACCGACCGGCUGGGGAAAAGUUCAGGACAUAGCCGUAGCUCAAAAUCAACUGAUCGGCGCGAGUCUUCAUACCGCGAGCGUCGUUCUGUACGUGUGCGAUUUGAAAAAGAUCGCGCCCCUGGGAGGAAUAUCCGCCGUGAGCUCGCCGUUCAGUCAUGGAAAUUCCCUGAGGAAGAGCUUCUCCAGGGAACGACCUAUCGGGUUGAAGAAACAUACACUGGACGUACGCACGAUAGAAGAGGCGGACAAGUCUGGCACCGAUCCGGAAGACGAGGCCACCUACGCGGAUAUACCCAACGUAACCGACUACAGGGACAUUUUUCAACCGAGUAGGGCGUUGUCUCGCACACCACCACCUCCCGAAUCUUUCGAGGCUUUCCAGGAGCCUCACGACAUAGAUCCGGCGCAGCCGCAGAUACUGCAAAAUCUUUCUACCUCAAUGUCGAACCUGAGCACGAUGGAGCGCGAGGAGGUGCCGUCGGUGACGUCCCCCUCUUCGCCGUCCCCGCCGGCGCCCACGUUAUCCCUGACGAAGCCGAUGCCGGUGCGUGUUCAGCCGAUCAAGUCCUCGCCGCCGGUGCAGAGGAACUCGUUCACGUCGACGAGCCAGAUCAGAGCGAAUCUGCAGGCGAACAACGGUCUGAACCAACGAGCGUCCAAGAACUUCGCGUCGAUACCGCCGUUGCGGCAGAGCAUCACGCCGUUUCCGGGGAAAAGAGCGGUCGCAAACGAACAAGCGGUGCCGCCGCAUCCCUUAGGACCGCAAAGGUCGAACUCGACUCUGACGCCGCGCGUCGCGCCGAUGGCCGCGGUAAUUCCUGUGAUGGACGACGGCAAGUUGAAGAACCGAGUACCCAGCCCAGAUUCCCCGAAGCACUAUCUGAAGAGGCAGAGCAGCAGGGACGGGGAACAAGGAUACGAAAGCGACUAUCCUGUACAAAUUAAUAAUAUAAGACAUAGUCCCUCGGAUCCUGUGCUGAACAGGCCGAACACGGCGCAGUCGAGGUCGACGUCGCUCAACCGAAAUUUUGCUACCUCAACCGCGCUGUCGGCGCGCAACGCCUCCACGACCACGUCAUCGUCUACGAGGAAGCUACCAAAUAAGGCUCAGAUACCACCGAAUCCCAAGGUCGAUAUACGCGUCUCGCAGAUAAGGACCAACGUCGAAGAGGUGGAGAAGGAGGAAUUGGUACCGAUGAGCGCCGACAAGCCUUACGGCUUGGACGUGGAAAAUUUCUUACCGCAUAGUUACACCGGCCCUACGGCGCUGGGCUAUCCUCAGAUGGGCGUGCUGACGGAAAUGUCGGAGGCCGAGGUGUUGAACAGCAUGAUGCGCAGCCACGAUUCGAUAAUGGCGGUGCUCAAGAGCCGGCAUCGCUCAUUACAGAUAAUAUAUUCUCUCUGGCACAACAAGGAUCUCAAGGCCGCCGUGGAAUCUGCAGUCGCGAUGAACGACCUGGCGGUCAUCGUGGAUCUUCUGGGUAUCCUCACGUUAAAACCAACGAUGUGGAACUUGGACCUGUGCAAUUCCUUAUUGGGUCCCAUCAGCGAUCUCUUUCAGAGUAAAUACGAGAUGUACAUAACGGUAGCUUGCUCGGCAUUGAGACUUAUCCUUCGUAAUUUCGCCCCGGUGAUAAAAUCCAACGUGGAGGCACCCCUCCACACGAUCGGCGUCGACGUGUCGCGAGAGGAACGGUACCACAAGUGCCUUUCCUGCUACGAGAAGCUCACGGCGAUACGGGCGAUCCUGCUGAAGAAGCAAUCGACGCCCGGCAAACUCGGCGCCUCGUUCCGCGAACUGGCGGUGCUCAUCAGGAGCCUCGAGUGACCUCGAGAGCGGCGGCGUCGUCUGAGACCCUCGUGAAUUCGACCGCCAGUGUCGUCGUCGGUCGACGACCAUCGGUUUCCUCCCGAUAUUCGGCCCAGCAGCGGCGGAACGAAGGGCCGCGUUGCGGCCGUCAAAUGGAAGCAAAAACCUCUGUCGAGGAGUAGCAACGGCAUCACGGCGCACCGUUGAGGAAACGUCCGUGAAAACACGUGACUCGUGAAGUUUCCUGCUGCUCUGCCACUUUCUUCCAUCGGUCGAUCUGUUUGCCGAUCGCCUUCUCCCUGCCGUUAUCCCCGCAGUCGCGCACCGAUUCUCGGAGAAAGCAAACGAAAUUGCGAGACGUUCGUUAUUUAGUUGCCGAACGAUCGGACAAGUCAUUAUUGAUGGCAAGAAAAAAAAAGAAAAGAGAGAGCCUCGGUCAGAACAAAGAAAGAAAUCUAAAAGAAAAAUUAGCAAACUUUUAAACGAGAGGCGGGUGAAAGCGAGGAAAGACACACGUUGUCGCCAAACAUAUCUAAUAUUAUACUGAAACAUCAGGAUUAAAUCAAUUUUACCAGUUUAAAAAGAAAGCCGUUGUUCUUCAAAGGUAUUUUUAGGAUUUUUUCUUCCUGAUCUUUUUAAAUCCAAAUCGAUUAAGUUAAAUUGUUUUUAGGAAGUCUAGAAAUAUAUUCCUGUUGUCGAUGUGAUAUUUUUAAAAUAAUCAAAGUACAUAUCUUUAAGAAACAAAUUAAACGGAAUGAUUCUCGUGAGAGAGGUAUUAAACUCGCCUUUUCAAUUGGCAGUAUUGGUAUCUCUACGUGCGGCAAUUAAUAAGACCGUAAAUUCUGUAAAACGAAGCAAUAACGAAACAGGAACGCGAAAUGGUUUCGCCAGAUCCCGAUGCAUCAGUAUAUCGAUUUCAGAAUCGCAGAUAGAAAUUAGCCGGGGAUCGUUCCGAGCGAGCGUCAGCUCGUUCGCGCAGCACAAAAUAAAGUCUCGCUGAGCGACGUUUUGCGCCUUUCUUGCCACAGCUCACACGCGAUUAUCGAACGUUUCGGCUGGCAUCAGCCUCAAGUCCGCGGAAACGACGAACGCGACGACGAAUAAUACGAUUAAGCGAAUAACGGGAGCGUAACGUAGCGUAUAACACACCUUUCUUAGCGUACGAGAGAAAUUGUAUUUUUGCGAGGGGUAUUUACGUCCAUUUACUAAUAAAGCAACUCUAACGCGUAGGCGUAGAUACCUUGGACCCCACGGAGAGAGACAAAAUUGUAAAAUGUGAGGUGCGAGCGGGCCUAAGCGGGAGCUUGUACGCGCCUAAAGGGACGGGAAGGAGCGGGAAUUGGAACGGGAAAAGCGCGUAUCGACGAACAAUUCGUUUUUUAUAUUCACGUUUAAAUUAUUUUUUUACGAUAGCGCCCGUGGAUCGGGAACCGCGGGAACUUUUGUAAAUUGUCUGACGUUUCACAGAGCUAGAUGUGUCGCUGUUGCAUAAAGGCGCCACAUAAAGGUGCAUUUUUAAAGAUUUUCGAGCAAGUUUUUAUACUGUAUUUUCGUCGCUGAACGAACGUUUUAAUGCACGCGGUAGAUGUGGAGGAGCAAAAUAAAUCCCUGGAGGAGCACGUAUUAUCAUACGUGCCUGCUUACCGCGAUAGUUUUCGUCUGGUUUUUGCGGAUCUCCUCGCGUUUUGUUUGUGCCGUACUGCGAUUUCGUUGUGACUAGUGACAAAUUAAAAAAAAAAGCGGUGAUCGCGCGACAAGAUCGAGCAGUAUUAAUUUAAGCGUUGCACUCAUUACACUCGUGUUGCAAUAUAAAGGAACAAUCUAUAUUUUCAUACUUCACACGCACGGCCUUGCAACGAAAAUUGAAUCAGUAUUAUCCGAGAGUAUUUAUCGCGAAAGUAUUUUUUAUACGGAACUCUGCCAUAUUUUUGUGCAUUUAUCGCCAAACUACGGCUCUUGUAAUUCCGAGUCUUGACCGUCUAACGUAAUGAGAAGCUGCUUCGCGAGAUAUUUUUGGAAUUCCAUUUGCGACGAGGAUUAAACGACGCUCACUGCCUCUCAAUCUUGUCGCGACGAUCUUUUCGUAUCGCGACUUUUAAUACUCCGCUUUUGAGCUUGUGCUCGGGGGUGGAUCGUGUCGCGCGAGUCGCUAUUCGAAGAUCAAUGAUAAAUUAGAAGAGAUCGUGGUGAGAUAAUUGUAAAAACUAGGCGCGCUCUUCGUAUUCUUCUUUUGUUACCGACGUCGCGAUAGUUAAUCUUUUACCGCUAAUUUUAUGUUUUAUUUAAAUCAUUAAUUAAGUCGAUCACGUCUUCUGUUAAUUAAGUCGAUCGUCCUGCUUUCCCUUCCAACGUAGCGGGAGGCGAUCCUGAUGUUGCUGCCAAUAGAGGAUUAUUUAUUAUAUGUAGUGCAAUACUCGAUCGUGCGAUCGUCCUCCGCGUAGCGAGACCCACACUCGCCUUUUCUCGUCCUCGAGGAAAAGAGAACCGUGCGUUGCACAAAUGAGAGUGCCCAAGAGAUAUAGGUGUUACAACUUUCGACACGUUGCCUCGAAGUAUUAUGUAAUAAAGCGUACAACUCUUUCGUUAAUUUUACGCCUGUCUUUUUCUUUUUUUUUUCUUUUGUACAGCGCGUCGCUACCACAUAUCUCCGCAACCAUGUUCUGCCCCGGCCUUUUUCGCGUUGGAAAAGAAUUUCCAUUGUGAAUCAACGAAUACGCAAAUCGCCGUGUUAAGGAGAACAGAAUCGUUUCGAUUUAUUCGCGAACGCUAGAAUACAUUAGAGAAAUACUGCUAGGCAAGAAGCAGGAGUCAAGGGAAACGGAGAAAAUUCGGAUAAAGUGAACGAAGCCACUGAGGCCUGGAAGAAAAUCCAAUAGUUUUCAGCGGAACGAAAAAAUUUGACGACAGCCGCGCGAAAGGAGAUUUGUUUUCUAUUUUUAUAUACGGGUAAACUAUCGUUAUAUUCAUCCUCUCGAUACUCUCGCAUUAUCCUCGAGUCGCGGGAUACGGUAUCACACUUUGCACACGCUUGAAGCCAUCUAAUAGCACUCUUAGCACAGAUAGACUUUCGCGAAUUGCAGUCUGCCAAGCGUUUUUGCGGAAUGGCGUGGAAUGAGGAGCUCAAGCCUCUAACCGGACGGUCUAAUCGCCUUCGAAUCGGGGGUAAGAAAAUUACGAGGAUACUCGUGGUCUGUUCCGUCCAACUUAUUUUUGUAAGGAAGUGAGAAAGUGAGAGGGAGAGUGAGAAAAAAUAUGAGAGAGAGAGAGAAAGAGAAUGCAUGCAUGAGUCCUUCGAAUGCUCCUGUAACUUAUCGUCCCGUAACUUAUUGCUCCGAUUUUAGCUUAAGCUUACGCUCAUACGUUGCGUGAUAUCGAUCAUGAUUCACGAUCUCGAGCGAGGUUCGUCGUCUCGAGCGUGUAACUUCGCUCCGAGUUGCGCCGUGCAAUCGUUUAUCAUUCGAACGUGGAGUUUGCGUCUCGCAAAUCCCGAUCAUCGAACCGUCUUACAUGUUAUUUUUACUAGAUAACAAAUUUUAUUACUGUUUUACUGAUACACAUUAGUCUACUGCGCGUUAUCGCUGUUUUAUUUUAACAUUCUCGAUUUUUAUUUGCGCCGACUGUGUUAUUUACACGGGAGUAUAAUAAUAAAUUGUGUUUAUUUAUUCUA